CAAGACACUUCCACAUGGUGACGUCACAUGAAAAAAGGAUCUUGAGAUUUCAAGAUUCCGUUACUAAAGCACGGCCGGCCGGUCAAGCAUGGAGGACAGGUUCAAUGUGGAAGAUGUCAUGAAGUUCGGGUCAGCUUUCCAUUUCGGCCUCGAAGCCGGUUCUAAAUCGGAGCUCCUUCUGGCCAUGAGCUGUUUGUGCAAAGGAAAUCCUGAAGCUCUUCUGGUCUAUAAUGGCUUCAAAGAUGCCAACUACAUUGUGUUUGCUCUGGUUACGAGGAAACUUGCUUUGAAUACUGUGAUCAUUCCUGAGCAAGAAGAAGAGCUAGAUCAAGUGUUCACUACAAUGCAUGCCAUAAUCUUCUAUGCAUAA